AUGACGAUCACUGCCGCCGUGCCGGGCGCUCCGGCGCCGGCAUGUAAGGUGGCGGGGGCCGCGCCUGUCCCCACUUCGGCGCCUCCCGCUGCGCGGUCCCUCUUCCGGCACGUGCGUUUCGAGAACUUGGUGGCCGGACUGAGCGGCGGCGUCAUCUCCACGCUGGUGCUGCAUCCGCUGGACCUGGUGAAGAUCCGCUUCGCAGUGAGUGAUGGCUUGGAACUCAGACCAAAAUACAAUGGAAUUUUCCACUGCUUGUCAACCGUCUGGAAACAUGAAGGAUUGCGUGGUCUGUACCAAGGGGUAACUCCAAACGUGUGGGGAGCAGGUGCAUCUUGGGGCCUGUACUUUUUCUUCUAUAAUGCCAUUAAAUCUUACAAGACAGAGGAUAAGCUGGAAAGCCUAGGGGCCACUGAACACCUAGUGUCAGCUGCUGAGGCAGGAGCAAUAACCCUCUGUAUUACAAACCCAAUUUGGGUGACGAAAACGCGGCUUGUGUUACAAUAUGAAGCUGGUGUUGAUCCAUCAAAGAGGCAGUACAAGGGGAUGGUAGAUGCCCUUAUAAAAAUAUACAAGUGUGAAGGUAUACGUGGCUUAUACAAGGGAUUUGUACCUGGCCUGUUUGGAACAAGUCAUGGAGCACUGCAGUUCAUGGCAUAUGAAGAAUUUAAGUCAAAAUAUAAUAAGCAUUGGAACAGACCACCAGAUUCGAAACUGAGCACUUUAGAGUAUAUUGCUAUGGCAGCAUUGUCAAAAAUCUUUGCAGUUUCAGCAACAUAUCCAUAUCAGGUUGUGAGGGCACGUCUCCAGGAUCAGCACAACAGAUACUCAGGAGUAGUAGAUGUAAUACGGAGAACAUGGAGGAAAGAAGGAGUUCAUGGAUUUUACAAAGGAAUUGUACCUAAUGUCCUCAGAGUAACGCCCGCAUGUUGUAUUACGUUUGUUGUGUAUGAAAAAGUAUCCCAGUUACUGCUUGGCUUUAAAAAUAGCAGCUGAAUCCUGAAGACUGCAUCAAGAAGGGCAUCAGCAUCA